GUACCAGAGAGGAAUGUAUAAAGCCCAGCAACUUAUUGACUGAUGUUCCAGUCGCUGCACAGAGUCCACAGUGAUCGGACGCUCCUCUACAUCCAGGGUGUCUUGAGUUGCCUCUUGGUUAAUUCAGAAAGCUUCUCAUCAUAAGACAUAAUUUAAGUCGUGAUCACUGGUGCUGAGUGGUGAAGCAAUGUUAAACCUCUUGUCGAGAAUCGUGAUAAGAGGUGAGCAUGAAGAUCGUCCAGCAUCAAGAGACAAGACUCUAAUCUUGAGUGGUUCUGACAAUUCAUCGGUGAUAGACGACACGGACGAGGAACUGCUCAGUCCCCCUGCGCUAGUCAUCAACAUAACACAGAUGGAGUCAGCAGACAAUGAUCUCAGUGAUCAGAUAAGCACGGCUCGAACCUCCGUCGAGCAGUCAGCUUUAAUAGACGAGAAGUUGACUGGCAAGAACUCCCCCGUUGUCCUACCUAGCCGGGAUGUCUGUCGUCGCAUCUUAGAGUUAGUCGAAUAUUACCUGAGCGACCACAAUCUGGUGAAGGACAUGUUCCUCUUGAAGCAUGUUACCAAGCACCACGAGGGUUACGUGUCCCUCAAGCUGCUUGCUAGUUACAAGAAGGUUAAGCGGCUCACCAAAGAUUGGAGGGUUGUUGCACAUUCUUUGAAACACUCAAAGACAUUAGAAAUGAACGAAGAUGAAACGAAAGUACGACGCCAACAGAUGUUGCCUCAUGAGCUUGAAGAGGACACGCGGCCCUUCAGGACGCUGCUGGCCACAAAUAUAUCGAAGGAGGAAGCAAAUAUGAAUUAUUUGGCAGAGUUUUUCGCAAAGUUCGGUGAAAUGACCUCUUUGCAGCUUCACAAACCCAGCGGCCGGGCCUUAGAAGAGGUGCGACAAGCAAAUCGUGAACAUCCAGGCAUCAUCAGCACAUUUUGCGCCAUUGUAGAAUACGAAAAGGUCCAUUACGCUCGACAUGCAAUCAAGUAUAUACUUAAUAACCCUGAAUGUAACAUGAACGUAGUUGAGUUACCCCGCAAGAAGCGUCAGAAUAGCUCUAAUCCGAACACCAAACCCAACGCUGAGGGAGAGAGCGCUUAUUAUAGCACAUCAGAUAUGUCAGAGCCAACGUCACCUGCCUCUCAUUUGAAAGCUCUAUACAAAUCAAAGUCCCCAUAUUCUUCUAUGACCUCUUCUCCCAUAAUAUCGCCUAUUUCAAUACGCCGCCAUUACAAAUCACAACUGUCUUCGCCAGAGUCAUCUCCUCCGUCAUCCUGCAGCCCCCGUCGCGGUCCCUCAACACCAUGUUCGUCUCCUGAAAGAAGCUCACACUUUGUCACUCGAUGCGAGGUGCCUGGGUCUUCUCCCCUGCCUCGUCGCCAGUUGGCACCCAGGAGCAUCACUUCCACGCCAUGUUCCCCUAACGCUUGGCGUCGUAUGAACCUUGCUAACAAAAAUAGUACUAAGGUUAUCGAAUCCGGGCCACCGUUACCCCUUAGUCCAUGGCUGCGCCGUCGCGUUGUCGCAUAUCCAGGAAAUGUUGGGUCUAGAUCAGCUGUGUCGUCUCCCUCAGCCUCCCCUGGUCUCCAGCGGCGCCACGACACCUCCAUCCUGGUACACGACAGCAUCACGCGGCUUCCGAGGGGUCCUGACGGCACUCGGGGCUUCCUUCCUCGUCAAAUUAUCGUGAACGCACAGACCUGAAGUACCGGCCAUAUGCCUUGCUAAGCUUGUAACCAUUGAAGAAAAACUUCUACCGUUAGUAACGAACAGGUCUAUCAAGUGCUAAUAUAAUCUGUUUACAUUAAUAUUCUGUGCAGGAAGAAGGGGUCGCGUAUAUAUACCUGUUAUAUGUAUUGCUCAACGCACAGCUACUUAAAUAAACCAUUGUAAC